AAAUCACAGGCAAUGUCCAAUGAGAUACAUUUGUUAUGCACAGUGUAGAUAAAACUAAGUCCGCUUCUCCAUUACUCUCUGACAUGCAGUGCAUGAUGGUUUCUUGUUAGUCUUUGCUUCUUCUUCUUCUUCUUCUUCUUCUAUCUUCAUCACCCAAUUUUUACUUAGUUAUUGUCUGUAAUCGGAGGCCACGGAGAGGAGUUCCUUCUGCUUCUGCCAUGGGAUGUAUCCUUACAUCAGUUGCUAUUCUAUAUGUUUAUGUCUUUUCAGCGGCAGUCGCUGCUAGAGUGCUGCCUUUGCAUCCUUACCUGAAUGCUGAACAAAAACCCCUUUCCAAUGUUUUUGAUACUUCCAAGUAUGGGAUUUUGCAGCUGAGCAAUGGGUUGGCUACGACUCCUCAGAUGGGAUGGAAUAGCUGGAAUUUUUUUGCCUGUAAUAUCAAUGAAACAGUUAUCAAGGAAACAGCUGAUGCACUUAUUUCUACCGGCUUGGCCAAGUUAGGCUAUAACUAUGUCAACAUAGAUGAUUGCUGGUCUGAAUUUUUUCGGGAUUCAAAGGGUCAACUAGUUCCUGAUGCAAAAACUUUUCCAUCGGGAAUUAAGUCUCUGGCUGAUUAUGUGCAUGCGAAGGGCCUGAAGCUGGGUAUUUACUCAGAUGCAGGGGCUUUCACAUGUCAAGUUCGACCUGGGUCACUUUUCCAUGAAUCUGAUGAUGCUAAACUCUUUGCAUCUUGGGGGGUUGAUUAUUUGAAGUAUGACAAUUGCUUCAAUCUGGGCAUUGAACCAGAGGAAAGGUAUCCUCCAAUGCGGGACGCCUUGAAUGCUACUGGACGUACAAUAUUCUAUUCACUUUGUGAAUGGGGUGUGAAUGACCCGGCCUUAUGGGCGGGCAAAGUUGGAAACAGUUGGAGGACAACAGAUGACAUUAAUGAUUCAUGGGCAAGCAUGACAACAAUAGCUGAUCUCAACGACAAGUGGGCAGCCUAUGCUGGGCCUGGUGGAUGGAAUGACCCGGAUAUGUUGGAAGUUGGAAAUGGUGGCAUGACAUACCAGGAGUACCGAGCACAUUUCAGCAUUUGGGCUUUGAUGAAGGCUCCACUUUUAAUUGGUUGUGAUGUAAGAAACAUGACUAAAGAGACACUUGAAAUUCUUAGUAAUGCGGAGGUUAUCUCUGUAAACCAAGAUCCGCUUGGGGUUCAAGGGAGAAAAGUUUAUGCCUAUGGGUCUGACAAUUGUUAUCAAGUGUGGGCUGGUCCACUUUCUGGGCAACGUUUAGUCGUUAUUCUAUGGAAUCGAUGUUCAAAAACUGCCUCUAUCACAGCCAAUUGGAGUAUACUUGGACUUGAAUCUUCUAUCAGUGUCUCUAUUAGAGAUUUGUGGAAGCACAAAAUUGUCUCAGAAAAAGCCGUGGCCUCAUUCAGUGCUCGAGUUGAUGGUCAUGCUUGUGAAAUGUACAUUUUCACUCCUUUGUCAGAGACUCAUCGUGCAAGGUAGUUGGACCACCAUCUUCGGAUUUAUAUCUUGGGUACCACUGUUUUGGCUGAUUGAUAAUCCAUGUCGAGUGGAUAAAAGGUUAAAGGAGAAGAAUUUGUAUCUUUACUAUCAUUCAUUGCUAUCUCUGCUUGUGGGAGUUCAGCAGAUGCUUUUGGUUUUGUAACUUCACCUAAUAAUUAAAGCAAUAAACACAACUAUUUGGAGCCACAACACACAAGUCUUGUACUCGGAUUGAUGGUUAUCUCCCUGUUUUCUGUGAUCUGGAUCCGUUUAUAUGAACACAUAUCGGGACACAUAUUGGUAUAGUAUCCGUAUGAAUACUUGUUUUGUAAUACAGGUUUCUGAGUU